AUGGCAUAUUAUACGGUUGCACACUUCUUGCAUGGAGGUUCCUUUGAUGGUUCGAAACCGGGACCACUCGGAAUCCAUGCUUCAGAAUUGACAGAUCAAAUUUGGGAUUAUAUAUUCUGUGAUGGACCCUUUCCGACAACCUCCUCAAUCACACAGGAAAAGCUUGAUAAGCUGAAACGGGAGUUCAAAUAUUUUUAUCCUUUAGACUUGAGAGUUUCAGGGAAAGAUUUGAUUCCCAAUCACUUGACAUUCUUUAUUUAUAAUCAUGUUGCUAUGUUUCCCGAACACUUAUGGCCUCGUGGUGUAAGAUCAAACGGUCAUUUGCAAAUAAAUGGUGAAAAGAUGUCUAAAAGUAGAGGCAACUUUAUGAUCGUUGCUGAAUCGGUGGAGAAGUAUGGUGCAGAUGCUACUAGAGUUACUCUAGCAGAUGCGGGUGAUUCGAUCGAAGACGCCAACUUUGAAGAAUCCACUGCUAAUGCAGCAAUUUUAAGGUUAUUUACGUUGAAAGAAUGGUGUGAGGAACAAGUUAAAAAUCAAAAUAAUCUUCGCACAGGUCCAACAGAUAGUUUCAAUGACCGUGUGUUUGAGAAUGAAAUUAACAAAUUAAUUCAACAAACAGACAAGGCUUAUAAAGACACCUUUUAUCGUGAUGCGCUUAAAUAUGGAUUUUAUGAGCUUCAAACUGCACGUGAUUGGUAUCGUGAAGCCACAGUUGACGAAGGAAUGCACCGAGAUCUUAUCUUGCGAUGGAUAGAAGUACAAGCAUUAUUAUUAUCACCGAUAGCUCCACAUUGGUCUGAAUAUAUUUGGCGUGAAGUUUUGUCAAAGAAAGGUUUUAUAAUUGAUGCUUCUUUCCCGAAACCGUUAUCUCCAGUCGAUGAAAGUUUGCUUGAAGCAGGAGAAUAUGUUCGAAAAAUAAUCAAAUCGAUACGUGAUUUAGAAAUUGCAUCACAAAAGAAAAAGAAAAAAGGUAAAGCAGAAGAUUUUGAUCCUAACAAACCUAAAACACUUAAAAUAUUCGUUGCUACGAGUUUUCCGGAAUGGCAAGAUAUUGUUGUUGAAGCGAUAAAACAGAACUUUAAUGAGGACACUAAAUCGUUUGACGAUAUUAAAAUUAGAGAACAUUUAUCAGAGAAAGGAAUUUUGAAGAAUAAAAAGACUAUGCCAUUUGUUCAAGAGUUCAAAAAACGAGUGGAAAAAUUUGGCACGGCAGCGUUUAACAGAGCAUUAUUGUUUAAUGAGUAUGAUACUCUUGUGACAUCUAAAGUAUAUUUGCAGCGUAGUUUAGGAUAUUCGAAUGUGGAAGUUUUAAGAGGGGAUGAAGCAAGGGAGGAAGAAGAAAAAAGAGCAAUUGAAUUAGCGGUCCCUGGUGAACCCGGAUUUUUAUUUAAAAAUAUCGUAGAAAAGUAA